AUGUCUGCUGAAAAUAAUGGGUCAUCAGGAGCAUCACCUCCUCACCCUCCCACAACUUCCCAAUGCUCCACACAGACCUUACCUUCAGAGGGAGAAGAUACUGAAGCAGAACUGGAUGAGGAGACUCUGCAGGAUAAAUCUCUACCUCCUGAAGAGGAAGAGUAUCUGAAGGAGGAAGAGUAUCCAGAGGAAGAAGAGUAUCUGGAUGAGGAAGAGUAUCCAGAGCAGGAAGAGUAUCCAGAGGAGGAAGAGUAUCUGGAGGAAGGAGAGUAUCUGGGGGAAAAAGAAUACCUAUAUGAAAAAUUUCUGGAAGAGGGUGAGUAUCUGGAGGAGGGAGAGUAUCUAGAGGAGAAAAAGUAUCUGGAAGAAGAAGAGUAUCCAAGGGAGGAAGAGUAUCCAGAGGAAGAAGAGUAUCUGGAUGAGGAAGAGUAUCCAGAGCAGGAAGAGUAUCCAGAGGAAGAAGAGUAUCUGGAUGAGGAAGAGUAUCCAGAGCAGGAAGAGUAUCCAGAGGAGGAAGAGUAUCUGGAGGAAGGAGAGUAUCUGGGGGAAAAAGAAUACCUAUAUGAAAAAUUUCUGGAAGAGGGUGAGUAUCUGGAGGAGGGAGAGUAUCUAGAGGAGAAAAAGUAUCUGGAAGAGAAAAAGUGUCUAGAAGAGGAAUUCAAGGCAGCUUUUCCAUCACAAACCCCGCCUAAACCUAGAGCAAGGAGCGUGGCCACUGGUACCUCUCAGGGGACCAUCGUCCCAGCUGUCUCACCUACCUCGGCUGCCUCUCCUCCAGUCUCUGAACCUGAACCUGCUGCUGAGUGUCCUGACAUGUGCACGACGUUGCCUAAAUCCUACACAAGAGAACGGGCCAGUCAGACGGACUGGACCUACGACAGCAAGCUGGCGUAUGUUCUCAGUGACACAAAGCAAGAGGAAGAAACCGACAUGGAUUUUGUUUCUGAAGGGAACUUUUGGCCUGAUGUGACAGAGGAGCCCAUUCAGAUGCUGGAAGACAACGACUUUGAUGAGCAAUUUUUCAACAGCUCCUACCAGGCAGUGUUUAGGAAGAUAAUCAAAGAAAUGGCUGCUCGCAAUGAACUGGAAGAGGAUUUUGACAUUCCCCUGGCUGAGCUGCUGGAAAGUGAAAACAGAAGGAAACUGGGAAUUCUGUUGAAGAAAAACUUUGAGACAUAUAAGAAAGCAAUCCUGUGGAUUUUGAAGCGGCGACGUGAAGGUCAAAAGUUGACAGAGUUGUCCACUCUUACAUUUCAUUUAUUUACUCAACCACCACAAUUUGAGGAGCCUGAGAAAGAAAGAAUCAAAAAACGUCGUGUUGUUCGUCCUAAAAAGAAGUUACAACUAGAUACAGAAUGGAUAAUGGUAAAGACAAAGGAACAUCAAGGAGAUGGAAAAUUAAUUCUCUACCCCAAUGAGAAUGUCUUCCAAAUUCUCUUUCCUGAUGGGACAGGCCAGAUACAUUAUCCAUCAGGAAACCUGGCUAUGCUCAUCUUCUGUACAAAGGAUAAAAAGUUCACAUACAUCAUUCUGGAAGACAGUGAGGAAGGGUGGAUCCGGGCCCUUAUUGACAACUCCGGCCAUGCCACCUUCUAUGAUGAAAACCGGGAUAUCUGGCUGAGCCUGAGCCUCAACCUGGGCUACUACUUCGCCAGAGACAGAGGCCCGAAGGCCUGGAACUGGUGGAACCUGGACAUCCACGUGCAUGCGCCCCCUGUGCAGCCCAUCUAUGUGAAAAUCAACCAGUACAUCCAGGUGCAUGUCAGGAGCCAGGAUAAGAUCAUCUUCUGCUUCACCCACCACCAGAAGCGGAUCUGUUUAAACCUGGGCACCAGGUUCAAGUUCGUAACCCCGGAGGUGCUGAGUGCGAUGAGGAAGAAAGCAAUCCUGCAGGUGGAACCCGGCCCAGCGGCUCAGAAGAUCCAGAUCCUUCUGGGAAAAAUGAGUAGGAUCCUGAAUUUCCUGACCGUCCCUGAUUUGGAAAACUUCAUAGAGGCCGGCCAUAUGUUGCCAGUGGGCAACACAUACCCAAAGAAGAACUCUCACGUCUGGUUUUAG